CUCUUCACUUACUCAAAAAAUGGCUUCUCCUUUGUAUUUUUCUUUGUUCUUUUUGGCUACCCUUUUUCUCUUAUGCAGCUUUGCUAAGGCUUCUGAGCCUGAUCUCAUUUUAACACUUGUUAACAACUGCCCUUUCACCAUUUAUCCAGCUAUUCAACCCAACGCUGGCCACCCUGUCCUUCAAAGAGGUGGCUUCGCCCUCCAAACCCUGACCCACCGUUCCUUCCCUGCGCCCACCGUCCACUGGUCCGGUCGUAUCUGGGCUCGAACUGGCUGUACCCACUCUAACGGCCAAUUCUACUGUGCCACAGGAGAUUGUGGCCACCGCAUAGAGUGCAAUGGCCUUGGUGGGGCUACCCCAGUCACUUUGGCACAGUUUAGCCUCCACCACCGUGGCCACAAAGACCUCUCUUCCUACGAAGUCAGCCUUGUGGACGGUUUUAACAUCCCCAUGACUGUGACCCCACACGACGGCAAAGGCCUUUGCCCUGUCGUUGGGUGCAGGGCUAAUCUGCUUGCCACGUGUCCCAACCAGUUACAGCUUAGGUCGCCGCCGGGACACGGUCCGGUUGUAGGUUGCAAGAGUGGAUGCCAAGCCUUUGGCACGGACGAGCUUUGUUGUAGGAAUCAUUACAAUAGUCCUCAAACGUGUAGGGCUUCGAGUUAUUCAGAGUUUUUCAAACAUGCUUGUCCUGCCACGUUUACCUAUGCCCAUGAUAGCCCUUCGCUCAUGCACGACUGUGCUUCGCCACGUGAGCUUAAGGUCAUCUUCUGUCACUAGGAAGACAAUAAACAUGACUCGGAACUUCAUUUAUGUUAAUUUCUAGUGUUAUGUCACAUGAUCUGGUGUGUGUUUGUAAGUUGGGAUUGAAGAAUUAAUGGUGUUAAACUGUAACUGUUGAAGUAUGUUCAAAUGAAAGGCACGUUGUUUU